AUGGUCAUUUUUGGAGAAGCAGCUCCCUACCCGCGGAAAUCAGAGAAGGAGAGAAUCGAGGCUCAAAAUCGCCCAUUUGAUUCUAAGAAGGCUUGCUUUGCAGUGGAUGAUAAGGAAUUUUAUGUGAAAGGUAUGAUCCAGAGCAAGGAAGAUGACAAAGUCACAGUCAAGACCCUUGACGACCGGACACUCACUCUGAACAGUGAACAGGUGUUCCCCAUGAACCCUCCCAAAUUUGACAAGAUCGAGGACAUGGUCAUGAUGACCCACCUGCACGAGCCAGCAGUGCUGUACAACCUCAAAGAGCGUUACGCAGCCUGGAUGAUCUAUACCUACUCGGGCCUCUUCUGCGUCACCGUCAACCCCUACAAGCGGCUGCUGGUGUACAACCCCGAGGUGGUGACGGCCUACAGAGGCAAAAAGCGCCAGGAGGCCCCGCCCCACCUCUUCUCCAUCUCUGACAACGCCUAUCAGUUCAUGCUGACUGAUCGAGACAACGAGUCCAUCCUCGUCACCGGAAAAUCCGGGGCUGGGAAGACAGUGAACACCCAGCGUGUCGUCCAGUACUUUGCAACAAUUGCGGUCACUGGGGAGAAGAGGAAGGAGCAGCGGCCGGGCAAGAUGCAGGGAACCCUGGAAGACCAGAUCAUGCAGGCCAACCCCCUCCUGGAGGCCUUUAGAAAGGCCAAGACCGUGAGGAACGACAACUCCUCGAGAUUCGGGAAGCUCAUUCGCAUUCACUUUGGGGCCACGGGAAAGCUGGCGUCAGCAGACAUUGAAACCUAUCUCUUAGAAAAAUCCAGGGUGACAUUUCAGUUAUCCCGUGAGAGAAGCUAUCAUAUUUUUUACCAAAUCAUGUCAAACAAGAAGCCGGAACUUAUCGACCUGCUUCUCAUUUCAACCUACCCCUUUGACGUCCCCUUUGUGAGCCAAGGAGAGGUCACCGUGGCCACUAUUGACGACAGUGAGGAACUGUUGGCCACUGAUAAUGACACUGACAUCCUGGGCCUCAGCUCAGAGGAGGAAGUUGGGAUCUACAAGCUCACAGGCGCCAUGAUGCACUACGGGAACAUGAAAUUCAAGCAGAAACAGCGGGAAGUGCAGGCAGAGCCAGACGGCACCGAAGUGGCUGACAAAGCUGGGUACCUGAUGGGUCUGAAUUCUGCAGAAAUGCUGAAAGGCCUGUGCUGUCCAAGGGUGAAGGUUGGGAACGAAUAUGUCACUAAAGGGCAAAAUGUCCAGCAGGUGACCAAUUCGGUGGGCGCUCUGGCCAAAGCCGUCUACGAGAAGAUGUUCCUGUGGAUGGUCACCUGCAUCAACCAGCAGCUGGACACCAAGCAUCCCAGGCAGUACUUCACUGGGGUCUUGGACAUCACUGGCUUUGAGAUCUUUGACUUCAACAGCCUGGAGCAGCUGUGCAUCAACGUCACCAACGAGAAGCUGCAGCAGUUCUUCAACCACCACAUGUUCGUGCUGGAGCAGGAGGAGGACAAGAAGGAGGGCAUCGAGUGGGAGUUCAUCGACUACCGGAUGGACCUGGCCGCCUGCAUGGAGCUCCUCGAGAAGCCUAUGGGCAUCUUCUCCAUCCUGGAAGAGGAGUGCAUGUUCCCCAAGGCCACAGACACCUCCUUCAAGAACAAGCUGUAUGACCAGCACUUGGGCAAGUCCAACAACUUCCAGAAGCCCAAGCCUGCCAAAGGCAAGGCUGAGGCCCACUUCUCCCUGAUCCACUACGCAGGCACUGUGGACUACAACGUUGCCGGGUGGCUGGACCAGAACAAGGAACCCCUGAACGAGACGGUGGUCGGCCUGUACCAGAAGUCUUCGCUGAAGCUGCUGUCCUUCCUUUUUUCCAACUAUGCUGGUGCAGAAGCAGGCGACGCCAGGGGGAGCGAGAAGGGCGGGAAGAAGAAGGGCUCCUCUUUCCAGACCGUGUCCGCUGUGUUCAGGGAAAAUUUAAACAAAUUGAUGGCCAGUUUAAGAAGCACCCGUCCUCACUUUGUGCGAUGUCUGAUUCCCAAGACUCCUGGUGAGCGAGAAUCCCUCAGAAAAAAAAUAAAAAAAAAAAAGAUUAUGAAGAGGAGGGACUCCAUCUUCUGCAUCCAGCACAACAUCUGAUGUUUUAUGAACGUCAAGCACUGGCCCUGGAUGAACCUGUUCUUCGAGAUCGAGCCCCUGAUGAAGAGUGCAGAGGCCGAGAAGGAGAUGGCCACCAUGAAGGAAGAGUUCGAGAGAGCCAACGAAGAACUGGCCACAGCUGAGGCUCAUCGGAAGGAACUGGAGGAGAAAAUGGUGUCCCUGCGGCAGGAAAAUAAUGACCUCCAGCUGCACCUCCAGUCUGUGAGAAACAGCCUGAUGGAUGCCGAGGAACGGUGCGAGGGGCUCAUGAAAAGGAAGAUUCAGCUGGAGGCCAAAGUGAAGGAGCUAAAUGAGAGGCUGGAAGAGGAGGGGGGGAUGAAUUCUGAACUGGUUGUCAAGAAGAGGAACCUGGAAGAUAAAUGCUCCUCCCUCAAAAGAGACACUGACGACCUGGCGCUGACCCUUACCGAGGUGGAGAAGGAGAAGCACGCCACGGAGAACAAGGUAAAGAAUCUUUCAGAAGAAAUGACAGCGCUUGAAGAAAACAUUUCCAAACUGACCAAAGAGAAGAAAUCUCUGCAGGAAGCCCAUCAGCAAACAUUGGAGGAUCUUCAGGUUGAAGAAGACAAAGCCAGUGGUCUCACCAAAAUAAAAGUCAGGCUGGAGCAGCAAGCAGACGACAUGAGGAUAUUUUAUUACUACAGUAACGUGGAAAGAACGUGCCGGACUGUGGAAGACCAAUUUAAUGAAGUCAAAGCCAAGGAUGACCAACAGACACAGUUAAUCCAUGAUCUGAACAUGCAGAAGGCGAGGCUGCAGACCCAAAAUGGGGAGCUGAGCCACCAAGUGGAAGAGAAGAAGGCUCUGAUUUCACAGCUAACCGAAAGCAAGCAGGCCCUCACCCAGCAGCUGGAGGAGCUUAAGAGGCAGCUAGAAGAAGAAACCAAGGCCAAGAGCGCCCUGGCCCACGCCCUGCGGUCCUCCCGCCACGACUGUGACCUGUUGCGGGAACAGUAUGAGGAGGAGCAGGAAGCCAAGGCCGAGAUGCAGAGGGCGCUGUCCAAGGCCAACAGCGAGGUGGCCCAGUGGAGGACCAAAUACGAGACGGACGCCAUCCAGCGCACGGAGCAGCUGGAGGAGGCCAAGUAGGGGCUCCCAGGAAAAAAACUGGCCCAGAGGCUCCAGGAAGCAGAGGAAAACACAGAGGCUGUGAGCUCCAAGUGUGCUUCCUUGGAGAAAACCAAGCAGAGGCUCCAGGGAGACGUGGACGACCUGAUGCUGGAUUUGGAGCAGGCCAACACCGCCUGCGCCUGCCUGGACAAGAAGCGGAGGAACUUCGAUGAGGUCCUCACAGAGUGGAAACAAAAAUUGGAUGAGAGUCAAGCUGAGUUGGAAGCUGCUCAGAAAGAGUCCGGGUCACUUAGUACUGAAAUCUUCAAGAUGCGCAAUGCCUACGAGCAGGUGGUGGGUCAGCUAGAGACACUGAGACCGGAGAACAAAAUUCUGCAAGAAGAGAUUUCCGACUUAACCAUGCAGAUUGCGGAAAUGAGCACGAAUCUUCAGGAAGUGGAGAAGACCAAGAAGCAAGUGGAAGAAAAGUCAGACCUCCAGGCUGCCCUAGAAGAGGUGCAGGGUUCCUUGGAGCACGAAGAGAGCAAGAUUUUGCGUGUCCAGCUAGAGUUGAACCAGGUGAAAUCUGAGCCUGAGAUCACUGAGAAGGACGGAGAAAUCGAGGAGCUGAAAAGAAACAGCCAGCGGGCAACAGAGGCCAUGCAGAGCGUGCUGGACGCUGAGAUCCGGAGCCGGAAUGAUGCUCUGAGGCUGAAGAAGAAGAUGGAGGGGGACCUCAGUGAGAUGGAGAUUCAGCUGCGCCACUCCAACCGCCAGGUGGCAGAGACCCAGAAACACUUGUGCUCAGUCCGGAGCCAGCUCAAGGACUCCCAGCUGCAUCUGGAUGAUGCCCUGAGGGGCAAUGAGGACCUCACGGGGCAGCCGGCCAUCGUGGAGCGCAGGAAUGGCCUCUUGCCGGAGGAGCCGGAGGAGAGCAAGGUGGCCCUGGAGCAGACGGAGCGGACCCGUAAGCUGUCAGAGCAGGGGCUGCUGGCGGGCAGCGACCGCGUGCAGCUUCUUCACUCCCAGAACACGUGCCUGAUAAAUAGCAAGAAAAAACUGGAAGCUGACAUAGCCCAAUGCCAGGCAGAGGUGGAGAACUCUAUCCAGGAGUCCAAAAAUGCAGAGGAGAAGGCCAGGAAGGCCAUCACGGAUGCGGCCAUGAUGGUCGAGGAGCUGAAGAAGGGGCAGGACACCAGCGCCCACCUGGGGUGGAUGAAGAAGAACCUGGAGCAGACGGUGAAGGACCUGCAGCACCGCCUGGACGAGGCUGAGCAGCUGGUCCUGAAGGGCGGGAAGAAGCAGAUCCAGAAGCUGGAGGCGCGGCAGGAGUCACAUAGCGGGCUAGAGGCUGAGCAGAAGAGGGGAGCCCAGGCCCUGAAGGGCGCGCACAGACACGAACGGAAGGUCAAGGAAAUGACUUACCAGGCCGAGGAGGGCCGCAAGAACAUACUCAGGCUCCAGGACCUGGUGGACAAGCUGCAGGCCAAAGUGAAGGCUUCCAGGAAGCAGGCGGAGGAGGCCGAGGAGCAGGCCAACACACAGCUGUCCAGGUGCCGGAGGGCCCAGCGCGGGCUGGAGGAGGCCGAGGAACGGGCGGACGAGUCCCAGGUCAACAAGCUGCGGGCCAAGAGCCGCGACAUGGGGGCCCAGGUGAGAGCAGACUUCCUCCCCAGACGUCCUAGGACCCAGGACCAGGCAGCACCCAGCAGAAUGUCUGACAUCGCCACCACCAUCAUCACUAUCAUCCCCAUUCUCAUCAUCACCAUCAUCAUGGCUAAACUUGAGGACUGA